CUCUCUCUAGCUUUGUUUUUUUUCCCUCUCUUCUAUCUGAGAGAAACUCUAGCUUAUAUUUUUCGUCUUUCCUCUGCUCCUUCUUGAUCUCCUAUCCUCUUCUCUGUUUCCGUCUCUCUUCCGAGAACCUUCUCUCUCUCUCUCUCUCUCUCUCUCUCUCUUGCUCGCUCGAAGACUCUUUCUAUGGACGAUUGGAUUGAAGAAAUCAAAACGUGAAACCGUGUUGGUAACGACCGUGGAAGCCAAGGAAUCCGGAUGAUGAGUUGCUCUUCUUAAUCGAUAUUCAGAAGAAGAGGAAGAGGUAGAAGAGGAAGAGGAAGAAAAGCCCCUGAGCAGCGCCUGCACUUCCGGUUCAAUUAACCCACUAAGUCAUGAGACCCGCACUACCUUCGCCCUCGAACACGCCGGUGCCGGCCAUUCGAAACCGCAACCGACGCCGGCCGGACUUGACUCUGCCCCUCCCCCAACGCGACCCGACCUUGGCCGUCCCUCUCCCUCUGCCCCCGACCUCCUCCUCCUCCUCCUCCUCCUCCUCUUCCGGCGCCUCCACGAGCAUCGGCUUCUCGGAGCUGGAGCGGCACAACCGCAUCGGCAGCGGCGCCGGCGGCACCGUCUACAAGGUGCUGCACCGCCCUUCCGGCGCCAUCUACGCCCUCAAGGUCAUUUAUGGAAACCACGAGGACGACGUCCGGCGCCAGAUCUGCCGCGAAAUCGAGAUCCUCCGUGACGUCGACCACCCCAACGUCGUCAAGUGCCACGAGAUGUUCGACCACAACGGCGAGAUUCAGGUCCUCCUCGAAUACAUGGACGGCGGCUCCCUCGAAGGCACCUGGAUCCGGAACGAAUCGGACCUCGCGGCCCUCUCUCGCCAGGUCCUCUCUGGCCUCGCCUACCUCCAUCGUCGCAAGAUCGUGCACAGAGACAUCAAACCUUCAAAUCUCCUCAGGAACUCCAGGGGGCAAGUAAAGAUCGCGGACUUCGGCGUGGGUCGGAUCCUCGCCCGAACCAUGGAUCCCUGCAAUUCUGCGGUCGGGACGAUCGCGUACAUGAGCCCGGAGAGGAUCGACACGGAUCUGAACGACGGGAGGUACGAUGGGUGCGCCGGCGACAUUUGGAGCCUCGGGGUCAGCAUUUUGGAAUUCUAUGUUGGGAGGUUUCCGUUCACGGUAGAGCGGCCGGGGGAUUGGGCCAGCCUGAUGUGGGCAAUCUGUAUGUCGCACCCACCGACGCCGCCGCCGACGGCGUCGAGGCAGCUGCGGGAGUUCAUUGCGUGCUGCCUGCAGAGGGAGCCGGCGAAGAGAUGGACGGCGGUGCAAUUGCUGCAGCAUCCAUUCAUAUCGGGGAGCGCCGGAACCCCGCAGACCCAGGUUGUUUCUCAUCAGCUUAUGCCUCCUCCUCGCCCCUUGCAUCAUCCUUCUUCUUGUUGAUUUCUCUUCCCCUCCCCCAAAUCGUUUCACGAUCUCUUCUGUAUCUGUUGUUCUAUUCUCUAUAAUUUUGGGGGGGUUCGGGUUUUUAUUUUUAGAAAGAAUUUGGAAAAUGUUUUGGGUUUCAAUCAAGGAAUCGAUCAGCAACCAAUCAAGUAAUCUUCGAGAAUGUAAUAGCACAAGAGGAGAAAGAAGUGUGCUUUACCAUUGGAGCUUAUGUUUCUGAAAUUGAAUUUUAUUUUUCGUUCAA